CUGCCCGCUCAGCACCCACCCGUCCCUGCCGGCCCGAAGCCAUAAGCGGCUGCUGACCCACAUCCCCCUUGGGACUGCCGUGGGGCACUACCUGCUCCCGCAGGAAGCAAAGCAGUCCCCCACGUGGGACAUCCCCCCCAGCGCGGCCACAGGCAGCUUUGCUGGGCAGCGUCGGAGCUGGAGGAAAGCGAGCUGAGAGGGGGAUUAGCUCUCUGGCGAGGACGUAGCUGCCCUGGAGGAAGGAGUGGGGCACAAGAGAGCACUCGCCGGGCACCGCAUUCCUGCAGGCAUCGCUCUGUGCAUGGCUGAACGCCUGCCCACCAUGGAGCACAGGGCCAGCAGGACCAUCUAACCGGGUACCCUUGUCCAGAGCUGGGAAGUGCUAGCCAGAGGGAGAAAGGAGCACUGCUGACAGGUCUGCUCAACCUUCAGAGGCUCAGCCUGUGUCUGGAAGGUCGUCGCUGUGCUGUGCAGGCUAGACGAUGGGGAGACGUGACCCAGAGGAAGGGCAGCUGCCAGCUCCUGUGAAGCCCCCGGAUGGUGGCUGGGGCUGGAUCGUGCUCUUUGGCUGCUUUGUGAUCACUGGCUUCUCCUAUGCCUUCCCAAAAGCCGUCAGUGUCUACUUCAAGGAGCUCAUGAAAGAUUUCCAUGUGGGCUACAGUGACACAGCCUGGAUCUCCUCUAUCAUGCUGGCCAUGCUCUACGGGACAGGACCAGUAUGCAGCAUCAUGGUGAACCAGUUUGGUUGCCGGCCUGUGAUGCUCAUUGGUGGGCUGCUGGCUUCUGCUGGCAUGAUCCUGGCAUCUUUUACCACCAAUAUCAUUGAACUUUAUCUGACAGCCGGCGUACUGACAGGUUUGGGUAUGGCAUUGAACUUCCAGCCCUCACUGAUCAUGCUGGGCGCCUACUUCGACAAGCGCCGGCCCCUUGCCAACGGCCUGGCUGCUGCUGGGAGCCCUGUCUUCCUGUCUGCCCUCUCUCCACUGGGGCAGGUGCUGAUGGAGAAGUUUGGCUGGCGUGGAGGUUUCCUUAUCAUGGGAGGCCUUCUGCUUAACUGCUGCACUUGUGGAGCAGUCAUGAGACCCCUGGAUGCAGGCAUGAAGCGGAAGAUGGAGAAGACUCAGGACAAAUACGAAGCUAAGGAGAUGCUUCCUAUAGGAGGGAAAUCAGAGGAGGGAAUCAGUACCGCGGAUGGAAACAAGAAAGCCAAGAAAGCCAAGAAAAAGCCCAAGAAAGGAAAGAAGCUUUUGGACUUCAGCAUCUUUUCCAACCGAGGGUUUAUCAUUUACACCAUCUCAAAGUUCAUCCUGGUCUUGGGUCUCUUUGUGCCCCCCAUACUGCUGGUCAACUACGCCAAGGACACAGGAGUGCCCGACACAGAGGCUGCUUUCCUGCUCUCCAUCAUCGGUUUCAUAGACAUCUUCGCCCGCCCCGCCUGCGGCAUGGUGGCAGGGCUGAAGUGGGUCCGGCCCCACGUCUCCUACCUGUUCAGCUUCGCCAUGCUCUUCAAUGGCAUGACAGACAUCUGCAGCGCCAGGGCUAGCAACUACACAGGCCUGGUCAUCUUCUGCGUCUUCUUCGGCAUCUCUUACGGCAUGGUGGGAGCGCUGCAGUUCGAGGUGCUGAUGGCCAUCGUUGGCUCCCAGAAGUUCUCCAGCGCCAUCGGCCUGGUCCUGCUUAUCGAGGCUUUUGCUGUCCUCAUCGGUCCACCCUCUGCAGGACGCUUGGUCGAUGCUCUGAAGAACUAUGAGGUGAUCUUCUACCUGGCGGGCUCAGAGGUGGUGCUCUCUGCUCUCUUCCUGGCUGUGGCCACCUAUUGCUGCCUGAACCGAGGGAAGAAGCAGGACCCUCCCCCAGAGAAGAACCCCUCCGGGGGCGGUGGGAGCGACACCGAGGAAGCAGAGUCCGACAUGCAGGAAGCCGAGGAGCACAGCAGUGACAACCACCAGCUGGCACACAGCACUGACAAUGCCAUGGUAGCUGCCAGUGAGGAAGCCAACCACGUGGCAGAGGAGCAGAGCAGGGAGGGAGAUUAAAACCAACAGAGGAUGAGCAAACAAAUCUCUAAAGACAAACCAUGAAGGACAGGAAGCAAAAUGUCACAUUUUUCUUUAUUAGAGACAACAAACAGUACAUCAGAGUUGCUUUGAAUCUUCCAGAGCAGCUUGACCACGGAUGGCUUUCUUCCAGGCAUCCACAGAGAUGACAAAGCUCCACAAAGAAAUCAAAGAGAAAUCAAACCAAACCAAAAUAAACAUCCCAAUCAUAAAUUAAUGCCCUUAAAUAAUUUAUCUCACUAUCCUUAGAAUGUAAUGACAGAGAGGUGAAACCCCCUUGUUUCAGAGAAGCACACCACUCCUGGCAGCUGUGCUACCCACUGAAGGAUAAAGUGCCAUCUGCAUCUGGGAUCAGCCCAGGAGAAUGGUGGGAGGAGGAGAGAAAAGGAAGGAGGAAAGAAGCAGCCUCACUUACCUUUGUUUUCCUUUCCCACCCUCCCUGGGAAGCUGGGACAUCAGCUACUGCUGCUGGCUGGCUCAGAAGCAGCCCAAAUGGUUGUGCAGAGGAGACCAGCAGCUGGUUAUGCUAAGUCACUUUGCACUAAAGAAUCCCAGCACCUCUGCCUACAGGCCACAUCUUCCUCUCCACAGGGCUUCCUCUCUCUCUCCUUUUUUAGUUUAAGGAUGGGACAUGUCCUUUGCAGUUCUAAGGUGGCUCCUCCUGGCACCUGCACAAGGAAAAAGUGUGCAGGACUGGCUGCACAUCCUCAAGAAGCACGCUUGGUUACUGUCCAUUGUGAGGAGUUGCAAGAGAGGAGAGCAAUGGCAAUGUCUGCAGCUUUGCUGUCGUUCCCAGCACCUGUCUGCCUCACACAAGUGUGUUCACCUCAGUAUCUCUGAGUAGAAGGCCUCCCUCCUGAUCCAGGUCCCUUCUUCCCACAGGGAAGGGCAGAGCAAGCCACAUCCUGCAGGAUUCCAGCCUUGGGGUGUAGCUAUGGAGUGUGCACAUGGUGCCAGCUGUGCAGGAGCCUGGGAACCAUGAGGAGAACGGUAGCCAGGGGAAAAACUUCUAAAUCCUUGCAGCAGGGUUGCAGCAGGUCAGCCCUGCUUUGAGAGCUUCCCCCAGCCCCUUGGCUGGGGGCAGUGAACAGACCACAUGUACCUCCACUGCUUCUAGACAUCUCUAUGGGCUUGCUCCUGUUUCUUAAAAAGCAGUGGUGCAGAGAGCUGGGAGUGGUGGGAGUGAUUAUCCUACAAAAAACAGGCCUGCAGCCCCCAGGGACAAAGGGAAGAGAGUGGAAGCUUAAAACAAGCCAGAGAAUGGGAAGCUUGAAAACAGCGAGCAGUGGCAUGAAGAAAACAGUGCUAGUGCUAACAUUUUCCCAGCACAAGGGG